AAAGGCAAGCGCAGCAAACAAAAAAACAAAAAAGUCAAAGUAAAGCGCAAACUGUUAGCAAAAUAAAUUAUACCGUUUGUUAAAGAGCGCGUGUAUUUUACAUAUUUUUAAAAGAAGAAAAAAAAAAAAUUUCGGCAGCAACAUUAAACGCUUUAUCAGUAUAAUAAUGAAUUCGACUAUCGGUCUUAGUGUAGCUCGCACAACUAGUAAUGGUUGUGCGUCUUCUUUGAUUGGUGUAGCCGGUACUUGCCAUGCGGUUGGCAUGCAUAACGGCAGCGUGGAUAAUCAACAAAAAUGUAGAAAUGUGGAAUUGGCGGCCAAAAUUAUCGAACAAACGAAUAUUGUUUGCUUUGAUGUCGAUUCGACUGUGAUACGCGAAGAAGGCAUCGACGAGUUGGCCGAUUUUUGCGGUAAAGGCUCUGAAGUCGCUCGUGUAACCAAAGAUGCUAUGGCUGGCACUAUGACAUUUCAGGACGCAUUAAAAAUGCGUUUGGAUAUUAUUCAACCAAGUCAAAAGCAAAUUUCAGACUUUUUAAGAGAACGUCCCAGCACAUUAAGCCGUAAUAUUAAACGUUUUAUCCAGCAUUUACAGUCGAAAGGUAAAGAAAUCUACCUAAUAUCUGGGGGCUUUCAUAGUCUAAUCGAACCGGUGGCCAUUGAGUUGGGCAUUUCGUUAAAGAACAUUUAUGCGAAUAAAUUGAUGUUUUUCUAUAACGGCGAUUAUGCGGACUUUGAUGCCAGUCAACCUACGUCAAGGUCGGGCGGUAAAGCAGAGGCUAUUGCCAAUAUAAGGCAAAUGUAUCCAAAAGAUACUUUGGUUACUAUGAUCGGUGACGGUGCCACAGAUCUGGAAGCGGUACCUCCAGCUAAUUAUUUUAUCGGUUUUGGCGGCAAUGUUUUGCGUCCAGAAGUACAAAAGCGUGCUCAGUAUUAUAUAACCGAUUUUGAACAGCUUAUGUAAAAUCUUAUAUAUUAGCUGCGCUAUCCAUCUCCUUUCUUCCCCCCCCUCCUCCUCCUUCUCCCUGUCUUACUCCUCUUCCCUGCUUCUGAGCCCGACUAUAUAAGAGAAAGAAUAAUUAUUAACUUAAAAAAAAAAAAAAAGUGCACA